AAUAAAUACAACUACUCAGCACAUUUACUACAAACAAACUGUUCACUCAGUCGCUAACACAUGGUACUCUCUCACACUCCCAAGUGCCAUUUCUCACUCUCUACUACUCCGGCGACUUCCCCUAACCUACACCCCUCACAAAAUAUCUCUAAACCCGUUUCGUAAAAAUCGGAACUCGUCUCGACUCGGUUCGAUUAAUCGAACCGUAUUGAUUAUAAAACUGUUAGGUUAAUAUUCGGUUUUCGAGUAUUGUCACACUCAUUUCAGAAUGCCUAGUGCACUUGUUAUUCUCGUGUUAUUAUUCUCUCAUGCGCUCUUAUCGUGCGCCGAUACCGGCACGGAAAUCGAGGCACUUAACUCGUUCAGACUCAGUCUGAACGAUCCGCUCGGAGUUCUCAACGGCUGGGAUCCGACAACUCGGUCGGCUCCGUGUGACUGGCGCGGCGUCACUUGUUUCAACGGCCGAGUUAGUGAGCUCCGGCUGCCUCGGCUGCAACUCAGUGGCCCACUCACUGAUAAAAUCGCUAACUUGCGCAUGCUGCGUAAGUUAAGCCUCAGGUCUAACGGUUUUAACGGUACUAUUCCUUCUUCUAUCACUAAAUGUACUCUGUUGAACUCUGUUUUUCUUCAGUACAACUCGUUUUCCGGCGAGAUUUCGCCGGAGCUGUCGAAUAUAACGAAUUUGUUGAUUUUUAAUGUCGCCGGAAAUUCUCUCUCCGGCGAGUUUUCCGGCGAGCUUCCUCGGAGUCUCCGUGUGUUUGAUGUUUCGUCUAAUGCGUUUAGUGGUGAGAUACCUAGGAGUCUGGCGAGUUUGUAUAAGGUUCAGCUGAUUAAUUUGUCGUAUAAUCGGUUUUCGGGAUCUAUUCCGGCGAGUCUAGGUCAGCUUCAGAAACUAGAGUAUUUGUGGCUAGAUCAUAAUGUGUUAGAAGGUACGAUUCCUUCAGCAAUUGCGAAUUGUACUUCGUUGGUGCAUUUUAGUGCUGAGGGAAAUUCGAUAGGUGGAGUUAUUCCAGCUGGCAUUGGUGUUCUUCCGAAGCUGCAAGUUGUGUCGUUGGCGCAUAAUAAUUUGUCUGGUUCGGUUCCAGUGUCGAUGCUUUGUAAUGUGUCUGUUUAUCCCCCAAGUAUCAGGAAUGUGCAGCUAGGGUUUAAUGGAUUUACGGAUAUUAUUGAGCCGCAAAACGGCACGUGUUCUAGCGCUUUGCAGGUUUUGGAUCUUCAGCAGAAUGAGAUAAAAGGUGUGGUGCCUGUGUGGUUGAUGAAUGUGUCGAGUUUGACUAUGUUGGAUAUUUCGGGGAAUUUGUUUUUUGGCGCAGUACCUAUUCAGAUUGGGAAUUUGUGGCGAUUGGAGGAGUUAAGGAUGGCUAAUAAUUCUUUGAGUGGUUUGGUUCCUGCCGAGAUUAAAAGAUGUGGAAAUUUGCGUGUUCUUGAUCUUGAAGGAAACCAAUUUGUAGGGGAGAUUCCUGAUUUUUUGAGUGAAAUUAAAGGUUUAAAGAUGCUAUCUCUUGGAGGCAAUCAAUUUUCAGGCGCUGUUCCUUCCAGACUUGGCAAUCUCACUCAGCUAGAAUCUUUGAACUUGAGGGAUAAUAAUCUUAAUGGAAGCUUGCCUGACGAGGUAACAAGUUUGAGCAAUCUGACUGUGUUAAAUCUUAAAGGAAAUAAGUUAUCAGGGGUAAUCUCAUCAAAGAUUGGAAAUUUACGAAUGUUAUCAGUUCUAAAUUUGAGUGAUGCUGGCUUUUCGGGUCCUAUCCCUUCUAGUAUUGGAACACUUUACAAGCUAACUACUCUUGAUUUAAGUAAGCAAAAUCUCUCUGGGAAGUUGCCAUUUGAUAUUGCUGGUCUGCCCAACUUGCAAGUGAUUUCAUUGCAGGAAAAUAAGUUGUCUGGUGAUGUCCCCGAAGGGUUUAGUAGCUUGUUAGGAUUAAGCUACUUAAACCUUUCGUCCAAUGCCUUCUCUGGCCAAAUUCCAUCAACUUUUGGUUUUCUCAAGUCAUUAACUGUUCUUUCCUUGUCCAACAAUAACAUUUCUGGUUCUGUUCCACCCGAACUUGGUAAUUGUUCUGCUCUUCGUAUAUUAGAUCUCGGUUCUAAUUCUUUGAGUGGCCAAAUUCCACCUGAUUUAUCUCGUCUAUCGUAUUUGACUGAGCUGGAUUUGGGCAAGAACAAUUUGACAGGGGAAAUACCAGACGAAAUAUCCGAAUGCUCUUCCCUAAAAUCAUUAGCAUUGCAAUCGAAUCACCUUUCUGGUAAUAUUCCCAGCUCACUCUCUGGAUUAUUGAAUCUCACAUCCCUGGAUCUCUCAGCAAACAAUCUGAGUGGAGAAAUUCCUGCAAAUCUUACUAUCAUUCCAAAUCUGAUGAAACUUAACGUGUCAAGCAAUAACCUAGAAGGUAAGAUUCCUGCAAUGCUUGGUGCUCAAUUCAACCAGACAUCAUUUUCAGGGAACGGAGAACUUUGUGGAAAGCCACUAGAUAAGAAAUGUGAAGGGGAAAGUAGCAGUAACAGAAAGAAGAGAGUGAUACUCUUAAUGAUUGUGGCUGCUAGUGGGGCUUGCCUUGCAGCAUUCUGUUGCUUCUACACUUACAGCCUUCUGAAAUGGCGAAAGAGAUUGAAAGCAAAGGCAGCUGGAGAGAAAAAGUCUACUCCAACAAGGGCAAGUUCUGGUGGUCGAAGCAGUAGUGUAGAUAAUGGAGGACCAAAGCUUGUAAUGUUCAAUAACAAAAUUACAUUGGCAGAAACAGUAGAGGCAACAAGGCAUUUUGAUGAGGAAAAUGUGCUGAGCAGAAACCAAUAUGGUUUAGUUUUUAAGGCCUGCUAUGCUGACGGAAUGGUACUCUCAAUCCGAAGGCUUCCAAAUGUACUACUGGAUGAUAACAUGUUUAGAAAAGAAGCUGAAGCACUUGGCAGAGUGAAGCACCGCAACUUAACAGUUCUCCGUGGCUACUAUACAGGGCCUGACCUCAAACUCCUCGUCUAUGAUUACAUGCCAAAUGGAAACCUCGCAACACUAUUGCAAGAGGCAUCUCACCAAGAUGGCCAUGUCCUGAACUGGCCAAUGCGGCACCUCAUUGCACUUGGUAUUGCCCGUGGCCUAGCAUUUCUUCAUACAGCAGCCAUGGUUCACGGAGACGUGAAGCCCCAAAAUGUGUUAUUUGAUGCAGAUUUCGAAGCCCAUCUCGCAGAUUUUGGCCUAAACAAGUUCACAGUUGCCCCUCCAGUUGAACCUUCUACCUCAACUUCUGUUGGAACUUUAGGUUAUGUAGCUCCAGAAGUGAUAUUAACCUCCGAAACUUCAAAUGAAUCAGAUGUUUACAGUUUUGGGAUAGUAUUGUUGGAGCUUCUUACAGGUAAAAGGCCUGUGAUGUUCGGACAAGAUGAAGACAUCGUAAAAUGGGUCAAAAAGCAAUUGCAGAGAGGUCAAAUUUCAGAGUUACUAGAGCCUGGAUUACUCGAGUUAGACCCUGAAUCAUCAGAAUGGGAAGAGUUCUUGCUGGGAGUUAAAGUUGGAUUGCUAUGCACUGUCCCAGAUCCCUCCGACCGACCCACCAUGGCCGAUAUCAUCUUCAUGCUUGAAGGUUGCCGCGUUGGUGCCGAUAUUCCAUCAUCAGCUGAUCCAACAAACCACCAUUCACCAGCUUAGACCAUAAUAAAAACCCGAGGAAAAACAAAUCCUUCUAGUUUCUUUCUCAUUUGAUUUUAGCAGCUAUUUCUUUGACAUUUUUAAUUAUUCAACAUUGUAGUUGUUAAUUUAGAACUAGCUCUAUUAAAUUAGAGAUUCAAUCUCAAAUCUUUUGCUCUGAUUUGUUACUUCAA